GGCGGCACGCUAAGCAAAUGGUCUAGUGUGUACACACUGACGGGGCGACAACUUGCGUUGUCAGGUACGUCUGCGGAUUGCAGCGAAUUCGCUCAUUUGAAAAAAAUAAAACAUGGCUGGAAGAGGUGGUUAUGAACACGCUAGGGGGGGAUUUGGCGGUGAACGCCAGAUGAAGGUACUGCCAACGGAACCGCCCUUUUUGGCCUUUGUGGGCAACCUGCCCCAGGGCCUCGUCCAGGGCGAUGUAAUGAAAAUAUUUCAAGACUUUGAGGUGAAGAACGUGAGGCUGGUAAAGGAUCGGGAAACGGACAUGUUCAAAGGCUUUUGCUACGUGGAAUUCGAAACGCUAGAGAAUCUGGAGCGGGCACUCGAGUUCGAUGGUCGUAUCAAACUGGACGAUCUGUCGGCGCCGCUGCGCAUCGAUAUAGCUGACCGGAAGAAAAACGAUCGGCCCGGUGGCGGUAUCGGCGGUGGCAAUGGAGGCAUGACCCGCGAUGGUGGAAGAGACGGUUUCCAGAAGCGUGGACCGCCCCGACAGGGCGGUACGAGCCAAUCCUAUAGUCGGGGCGGUCCCGGGACUGGCGGCAACGGCGGAGGUGGUCGCGAGGGUGGCGGCGGCUCUGGUAAUCGCGCCGAUAGUAGAGGUUCGUACAAUGAUAAUUAUGGUGGUCACAGUGAUAGAAGUCGAGGCGGCGGCGGCGCAGGCUCCGGCUCCGGCAGUGGCAUGAAUAGAGGAUACAAUGAUCGGCCGGCGAAUCGUGGCCGGUAUGGAAACUUCAACAAUGAUGACCGGUUUGAGCGGAACCAGGACCGUGACCGGGGGCAGCGUGAGGGAAGUUAUGGCAAUCAGUCGCGCGACGGUGACCGCUACAACAACUUCAGCAGGCACCGUGACCGCGAGCGUACCCACUAUAAUCCCAACCAGCAGAGUGAACGUCCUAGCGGCGGCCUUGGUGGAGGCGGCGGCGGCCUUGGGGGCAGCGGCGGUCUUGGAGGCAGCGGCAACCUCGGUGGUGGUGGUGGCGGCGGUGGUGCAUCGAUUGGCGCCAUAGACGACACGGAGAGGCCACGCCUGCAGCUGCAGCCACGUACCAUUGCUGCGCCAAUCAAUGCGGUGGCCGAAACCAAACAGUCGGCAUCCAUUUUCGGCAAUGCCAAGCCGCGCGAGGAGAAAUUGAAGGAGCUGGAGCAGAAUGUCUCUCACAAUGGCGACAUCUAAAGUGCAGGGAAUCGAUCCGCAAUAAAGCCUGAUAUGAUAUUUUGCUGGUGAGAGUGAGACAGAGAGAGAGAGAGAGAGAGAGGGAGAACGUCAGAAGAGGGAGAUGGAAAAGGAGGAGCGGAGCGUAUGCGUAUGCGUCAGCAUUGAAGAGGAAGAGGAUUAGCAGCAGCAGCAGCAGAAGCAGCAGCAGCAGCAUGCCGUAUAUAAACACAUACUUUAAUUAAUAAUUCUACGCUACAUACCUAUUAUACACACACAACAAGUUAUGUACUAAAUUGCAAGAUGGUGAGCGGAGCAGCGGAUCAACUUAACUACAAACGAAACAACAACAAUGAGUACAGCAAAAGCGACAGCAACCAAGAACCCUUACAUUUUUCUAAUGCAUGCAACAGCAGCAGCAGCAAUAAGAUCAGCAAGCAACAACGUCUAUAAAUGUUAGUCUUAAGCGAUAAAGUUUAGUCCCGUGCAUAUGGCGGGUAUGUAUAUAUACAGUAUAUGCAGUAUAUAUGCAUGAUUCACGCCAUGUGCACGCUUCUAUUUGUUAGUUAAGUAAAACAUAUAUAAACAACAACAACAACAAAAAUAACAAAAAAGAAACCCAAGAAAAAAACAAAAAGUUCUACCAUUAAGCAUAAAACAGUAAACGAAAAGCAGAAACAAAAAAAGAAACAAAACAAAAAAAAAACUCGAAAAACAAAACCAAACAAAAAUCGAAAACAAAAACCCUUUAAUGACAAAACGUUCAGCGUAGCGCAGGCAUGCAAUUUAUACACAGUUUAUAUGGCAAAAAAAAGCAGAAAAUUAAAAUAAAACAAAAACAACAAAUGAACGAAACGAAUAAUUAAAGUUAUAUGCGGAAGAGAACAGCAGAA